AUGUCUCUGCGAUCCGGGUUGCUCUCCCUAUUCGGCCUCGUCGCCAAUGUCCUCGCGGCAGAUCUCGAUGACUUUGUCACUCGUCAAAGAGAUAUUGCUCUCAUAAGCGCCCUGAACAACAUCGGACCCCAUGGUUCAAUGAUUCAAGGGGCUGGUGCCGGCAUUGUCGUCGCCAGCCCGUCCAAGUCGGACCCUGAUUACUUUUAUACCUGGACCCGAGAUGCUGCGUUGACCAUGAAGAUGGUCGUCGACGAAUUCAUUUUUGGCAACAAGGAUCUCCAAGUCUACAUCGAGGACUACUACCACUCUCAGGCUAUCCUGCAAACCGUCACAAAUCCGUCGGGGUCUCUGCUGGCCUCUGGCCGCGGCUUAGGCGAGGCCAAGUACUUGGUCGACGGCUCACGCUUCAACGGUGCCUGGGGUCGCCCUCAAAGAGACGGGCCGGCGUUGCGAGCUAUCACACUCAUUACCUAUUCGCAUUGGCUUAUUCAGAAUGGCCAGGAAUCCAAGGUCAAAGACGUCAUCUGGCCCAUUAUCGCCAACGAUUUGUCCUAUGUUGGCCAAUACUGGAAUUCUACCGGAUUCGACCUCUGGGAAGAAGUCUCCGGCUCUAGCUUUUUCACCACUCAGAGCCAGUAUCGGUCCCUCGUGGAAGGCAACACGCUGGCACAAUCUCUUGGCGUCAAGUGCGCAGGCUGUGAGCUGGCACCCGACGUCUUGUGUUUCCUCCAAACUUUCUGGAACGGGGAAUACUUCACGGCCAACAUCAACACCCAAACACAACGGUCCGGCAAGGAUGCCAACGUCAUGCUCGGGUCCAUCGCUGUGUUUGAUAUCGCAGCUAGCUGCGACGAUCCUUCCAUUCAACCCUGCCACAGCAAAUCUCUGGCCAACUUCAAGGUCUUGAUCGACGCUUUCCGCAACGCCACGCUCUACCCCAUCAACGAGGGAAUCGCCAAGAACAAGGGUGUAGCUCUGGGCCGCUACACCGAGGAUGUGUAUUUUGACGGCAAUCCUUGGUAUCUCAUCACCAUCGGAGCAGCCGAGUUCCUGUACGACGCAGUGGCUCAAUGGAAGUCGCAGGGUCAAAUCAAGGUGGACUCGACGUCGCAACCUUUCUUCGCCGACUUGUACCCCAAAGUCAAGGAGGGCACUUACCAGAAGGCCGCCAACCUAUCCGAUGACUACAGCAGCAUUCUCAGCGCCGUCACCGCCUACGCGGAUUCCUUCGUUGCCGUAGCCCAACAGUAUAUCCCCAAGAACGGCUCAAUGUCUGAGCAGUUCAACAAAGCCCCGCCAGGCAACCCUAUCUCUGCGGCUGACCUCACAUGGUCGUACGCGGCCUUCGUCACGAUGAGUGAGCGCCGCGCCGGCUCGUACCCGCCUAGCUGGACUGCCUCCACGGAGCUACCGGCUACAUGCACCGCAUCCUCGACGACCGGCAUUUACGCCCCGGCAAUCGCUGCCGGAGCCCCUAACGUGACGGGCUCCUGCCCUGUAUCCGUCAGUUUCUUGGUCAAUGCGACGACGUACUACGGCGAAAAUGUCUACCUUGUCGGCAAUGUUGCCGAACUUGGUUCCUGGAACGUUGGAAAUGGCCAGCAAAUGAGCGCAUCAAAUUACAGCUCUGAACGUCCGCUUUGGACCGUCGACGUAGAAAUUCUCGGGGGCCAGAAUGUGAGCUAUGUCUACGCGAGGAAGCAAAACUGCGACCAAGGCUACAUUUACGAGACAACAAACCGUACACUGGCUGUACCUGCCUGUGGCUCGACGAAAAGCCUGGCGGUAAAUGAUGCUUGGGAAGGGCCUACUGGAUCAAGUGGCACCUGCUAA